AGGCCGCUGCACAUCGAUCGUAUCGAUUACAUCCGCACCACCAGGGCCCUCACGAGAUACAGCUCAGACAUCAUCAGUGUCCACCCCAGCGGGCACGACCUGUCCUAUCUCGCUCUUCCAGCCCUCUGAGGACGGACUGUCACCCUCGCGGGACUUCCACGCCUCACUCUGUGCUCCGUCGCCCGCGGACUUCGCAGCGACCCAGUCAUGGAUCAGACGUCUUCCUCGAACCAAGGCUCGCCAUUCUUGACUUCUACCAGACCCAACAACGGCUCUCAACCCAACAGCAUGGCUUUUGGCGGUCCCUCUAAUCGAGGCUCCCCCUCUGCUCCCUUGCCACCUGCCCUGCACCAUGGUGGCUUCAGCGCCUUUGGUGUGCCGGGGCAGCCGCCAGCCAAGUCAUCACCCUCACAACAGAACCCACAGCAACAGCAACAAUUUCAGCAGCAAGCGCAGGCACAGGCCCAACAGCAGCGGCAACAAGGGCAACCCAACACAGUAGGUCCCGCUGCAUGGGCAUAUGCAAAUGCCCAGCUCAACUCAUAUGCUGCCGCUCAACGGCAACGGCAACCCACAGGGGGCGAGCAGAGCAGUAACAGCAGCAACAACACCAACAGCAAUGCUGCUGCUGCCUACUAUGCUCCUUCCCCAUCAUCGCAACAACACUCCAAUACGUCAUCCGUCUCCUCGCCCAUCAUCAGUGGCAUCGGAAGCGGUGGUGGUGGUGCAUCUGCCUUUGCCUCGACUCAACUCUCACAGCUGCCGCCAGGCAUGGCAGACUUGGGCGCCCUCAAUCUACACUCGGCUGCCUCCUCACAGCCCGUCUCUGCUGCCUCUUCUCCGGGCUGGCAACAUAGGCGUCUACCAUCGGCAGGAGCGGGCACAGUACACCAUACCGUAGGAGGUGGAUCUGGAUCUACCAAUUACGAGCACACGGCGCCGUCUCACAAUCCUCGUGUCGCAGCCUCUUCUGUGACGGGCAAGCGGCUCAAUUGGGGUGAGAUGAUCUGCGCCACCAUUGCCCAUUCUGAGCAUGGCAGGCUAGUCAUCCAGGACCUCUUUGAGCAGAUGUGCGCAAGGUUCCCAGAGGUGCAGGAGUGGGCGUUUGGAAAGGAUUGGGAGGUAAGUCUCGGCACCACUACCACAAAGGGCCAGACUCGUAGAAGAUAUACCACGCCUGGGGCGGACCGGCGUGAGGUUGCUCAUUUGCGGACACUGACGAAUAUUCUUGGGUCUCCUUCUAAUCUUUCAUUUGUACAGGCGAGGGUGAAGAACAGGAUCAAGUCGACAUUGUCGAUCAAAGGUCACUUGUUUGUCAAGGUGCCGAGGCCUUCCUCGGCAGCAGGUAAAGGGUCGUGGUGGACAUUGUCGCAGGAGGCGCAGGAUGCUUAUCAUGAGGGCAGAUUGGGUCCUUUGCUUAAGCUGAGCGGGACCAUGCCUGCUGGCGGCACUUCAUCGGCGGGUCACUCGCGUGGUGGCUCAGUGAGCGAGAGUCUAACAAUGACUUCUACUGACAGUCGAUAUGACUCACCUGGGCCCAGUACGGGAGGCAGCGCAGCUGGCACUGGGCCUACAUCAGGGGUGGCUACGCCGCUCAAGCAACAUAGUAUGCCUCAUCCUCUAGCUCAGCACGUAGAGGCAGCUUCUGCUUCUCCCAAUCCCACACCCAAUCCGACAAUGGCAUCAGGAGAGCACAGCCAGCAAGCUCAACAAGCUCAUCAGCUGGCUCAAUUACAGGCUCAGCUGUUGCGUCAGCAGCAAGCUCAAAGAGAAGUUCUGCCGGGAUCUUACGACCCCAAUGCUCCUCCGAGUGGGGCAGCCUACUUUCCACAUCAUCAGUUCUACAACUUUGAAGGUCUGGGCGGGAAUGGCAGCUCUGGCUCGUCGGGCGCAAUGCUCAUGGGAGGCCAAGGGCAAGGCGGAGGAUCAGGAGCCAAUGGAGGAGGCAAUGGCGACGAUAGUCUCUUUUCGUCAUCGAUGCAGAGCAUCUAUGGCACCUCUUUCGGCAACCACAUGAAUCCUGGUGGUAUGGCUAUGCCUCCUGGUCGUUUUGGUGGUAAUCAGUCGAUGAUCGACAUGGACAAAAUGGGCACGAGCUAUGGCGAUACACCUAUGAUGCCAGCUUCUUUUGAGAGUGGCUCAUUCGGAGCAACAAUGCGAGCUUUGGGUGGUAUGCCACCUUGGAAGGGAGCAGGAAUGGACUAUAGGACCACACCGGGCCAGCCUGGCGAAGGGUCUGCCAAUGGCUCUGGAAUGGGCGAAAGCAACCCCUCUGGGACUUCUGCUUCGGACUCUAUUGACUCUGCUAGCGGGUCUUCUAAUUCUGGCCCUUCGGGCAACGCUCCGUCUACGGGAGCUUCCUCAUGGGGCGUCGGUGGCGGGUCAUGGGGUAUUGGCGCAACUCAAUCGAUACCGCACCUGGGGGGACCUCAGUCGAUGCCGUUCCCAGCUGCAGCAGGCUCGCAAGGAGCUGUAGGUCGAGACAUGCCCGCAUCCAGUGCUCGAGGUACUUCCAUGAACGCAUCGGGCGGCAGCUCCAACAGGCCUGACUCGUCAGAUGGAACGACGAUCGGCAAUCCCUUUGACUUCUCCUCCUCUGCCUCAUCCUCCCACGGCUCUUCCGCCGUCAAUGGUCCUCCUGGCCCAGGAGGAAUGUACCCGUACUCCUUCUCCGGGCUCGGAGAUGAUGCCAAUGGCGGUAAAGGUGCAGCUGUCCCGCCCAACUUCUAUGGCAAUGGAGUCGGCGGUGGUGGCUUCUUCCAGGGCGGAGGCGGAGCGGGGCCUCAUCAUCACCACCACCACCAUCACCACGCUGGUGGGAACAAUCCAUUCGGCAUGUCCAUCCCUGGAGGGUAUGCCAUGCCCUCUGCCGUUCCCAUCAACUCUCCCUUCCACCCGAACUUCACCCAGUCACGUCUCAGCUAUCUCAACACGAAUGCCGGGGGCGUCAACAACGGUGGAGGUCAGACAGCAGGCGGUGCAGGUGCAGGCGCAAUGGACAUGGUAGCAUCUGGCAGCGGCCAUGGUGCAGCGGGAGGGACGGAUGGCUCAGCUUCUGCGAGCAACACGGUCCCUCCUUCUCCCGCAGACUCCACCAGUGCAUUCUUCGCCUUCACCCCCGCUGCGGGACCCGUAGACGCACCAGGCUCGUCGCCUUCGCGUCCUGCCAGCGGUGGUGAGGGCGGACCUGCAGGGGAAGGAGGAGCGAGUGCUCCCUCUCUCCUUUCGACUUCUUCUGGUGCCACGGGAAUGGGAGAAGAAGGAAGCGCGCUUGGCCCAUUGGUUGGAAAGAGAAAGGUGAGCAGUGCAGCGCGGAACUUGCCCAACAAAUUUGGAGGUAGUGGUGGUGGUGGUGGGGGAGCGGCUGCUCCUCCUCCUGGUGCUGCUGGUGCUGGUGCUGCUUCUGCUUCUGCUUCGAACAAUACCUCUACAGAUACGGGAGCGAUAGCGAGGGAGGGCAGUGCAGCAGAUAAGGGCAAAGGUGGACUAGGGGAAUUGCAAAAGGUAGAAGAAGGCUUUGCGUUGCCCCCACCUGCUACACAGCACUGAGCGGCGAGGCGGUGAGGGAGCGAGACCUGAGACUCGAGCUCCAGUCUCGAGCUAGAGGCUGCAGUGUCCUUUCUCAUGUCCCCUUUGUCUCUUUACCUCGUCUGCAUGCCUCUUCUCUUCUCUGCUGCUGUCAUAGAUGUCUUGGAGAGGAGGAGCAAUGUGCCGCUUCACCUCUUUUUUUCUUUGUUUUUUUUCCUGUCCAUAUCUCUUCACGAAUCGUUGAUGUUUGAAAAUGCCUUGAUAGAGCACUCAUUGAGAAGAGGAAAUCAGGAGUGGUUUGCACAGAGAGAGAUGGAUGGAUUGUCCGUAUUGCUUACUUGCCAAGUCUGAUCCGCUCCUCUCCUCGCUUUUCCCAUCUUUACUUGCCUCUCUUGCUCUUCUCCUCCCUCUCCCUCUCCCUCUCCCUCUCCCUCUCCCUCUCCCCCUCCUCCCUCUUCAAUUCCCCCCUCAA